AUGAAUUCGAAUUUCUCUGGAAUGGUCAACGGUUUCGAGUAUUAUGAUGUUGGUUUCUUACCAAAUCAGAAUCCUAAUCUCGGCUUCGGUGUUCCUUCCUCGAGCGACUUCGAUCUCCGUUUAGAUUAUCAUCAUCAUCAACCUUCAAUUUGGGUUCCCGCAACACAACAAGAUCAAGAUUUUGAUAUUCAUCAUUAUCAUCAACAACAACAACAACAACAGAAAUACUCUCCUCCAGCUGAUGAGAUUGAUUCCGAAAACACCCUCUUGAAAUACGUAAACCAGCUCCUUAUGGAAGAAGAGACUCUCGCGGACGCGGAGCAGACCACGUUGUUCUACGAUUCUUUGGCUCUACGACAAACCGAACAAAUGUUGCAGCAAGUCAUCAGCGACUCACAUGCUCAAUCUCCUUGUGCUAUCCAUCCUAAUUCGAUUACUAGCAGUUGCUGUAGCAGUACUACUACUACUACUGGUGGUGGUAGUGGUAAUUACUGGAGCAGUAACAGCAAUUCUAGUAUCGGGUUCGAGACAGCAGGUAAUUCUACUGAGUAUUAUGAUGAUGCUGUCCGUGAUACUGUGUCGUUUCAAGGGCCAAACACGUUUCGUGGUGGAUUCGUACAGCCAGCGAGUGAGAUUCUCGUCAGGAGUAUGUUUACUGAUACAGAUUCAGUUAUGCAGUUUAAGAAAGGCUUGGAGGAAGCUAGCAAGUUUCUUCCUAACACCGAUCAAUGGAUCUUCAAUCACGACCAACACGAGGUGAAAGAAGACAGAGUGAUCUCGAGAGCUAGGAGGAAAAAUCGUCACCACGAAGAAGAAGAAGAAGAUCUAGAGGAAGCUAGGAGCAGCAAACAAUCAGCAGUCACCGUCGAAGAAGACGGUAAACUAACGGAGCUCUUCGACAAAGUCCUCCUCCUCGACGGCGAAAGCGACCCGCACGUCAUCGAAGACGGCGAGAGCGUUUCGAGCAAGCCUCAG